UGUUUUUGAAAAAGACAUUAUAAGAAUAAAUUUCGUAUUUGUUUUUAACAUUACGAGUAACUCGCAUUUGUGAUACUAUGUUUUUUCAAUUCUCACCGAUUAGGACGAAAGUGAAACAUGCAUCUGUGCCAAAAGAAAACGAAUCAGAAAAAAUUGAAGUAUUAUCUCUAGCACCUUUUACGCCGAAUCCUAAAUUAUUUUUCGAAGAUGUGCAAGUUGGAACGGCAGUUAACCGGAAAUUGCUUAUUGAAAACCCAACAGAUCACGAUGUGAACAUAUUUAUCACCAAUCACAUACCACAAGAACUCAAUGUAACAAUAAAUCCUGAACAAAUUACGGUUGGAGAGAAAUCAAGUGCCAUUCUUGAGCUCACCUGGUGUCCUUUACAAGAAGAAUAUUCUCGACACACGAUCAGUGUAGGAGAUGGCAAAAGAAUACAUCGAGAUGUACCUGUCGCAUUUAAGUCUGUUCUACCAAAGAAGAAGAAAACUGCGGCAAAACAAAAAAGGAAACCUCAACCAAUCUCAUCCAGGCAGAAAUCGCCGCUGAAAUCUAAAACACCACCAAACAAAACGUCGCCUACGAAAAAAUAUUAUUCCGUCAAACCCCCUCGUAUAUCCCCAAACAGAUACUCUCCACAGAAAAAAUAUUCGCCACCAAAAACGACAUCGCCAACAAAGAAAUAUUUAAUCAACAUUCAAAAGGCUUCACCAGAUGCUAAAUGGCAGAAUGUCAGUGCUUCUGCAGAUUGGACUACAGGCGGACGCAACACAUACAAAGUUAAUGGCAAAGAGAAUGUCCCAUCUCCCUUAUUGAAUGCAUCUUAUGAUAAUAAUGUUUUCGUGUCGCCCUCAAUUACUACGUUUCAUUUGGACUAUUUACAACCCAUAGAACGGAGAGAAACUUAUGUGAUAAACGGCAAAAAGGACGUAUCGUUCUCCGAAUCUCAUUUUAGUGAUAGUUUGGAAAAUAUCUCCCCUGAACUGUCCUCUCGUGUGGAAGAUAAGGUUAAUGGAAGCAGUAAAAGACAGCCCUUAGGUAUUUCAAAUCAAGACAAUAUAUCCCCGAAGAUCACCGAGUACGUUCAGCAGAAGUUGGCAAAAACUCCAACUAACUACAACUUCGAAUACAAACUCAUGCAACUCGAAUCGUUUUGUUUUACGCCCGUCUCGACACCUUUGGACCAAAAGCAAGAUUUCAGCCCACAUUUGUCGUCUACUGUAAACAAGACCGAGAGAAGCGCGACUGAAACCGUUAACGUUACACAGCUAUUUCCUGCUCAAAAUAAUACGUUUGACGUUUCUUCUAAGAGCCCCAAUAUAAGCACCGAAACGUACGUAAAAUCAAACUUAAGUGCAGAAACGUACGUCAAGGGUAACACAAGUUUUGAAACGUACGUGAAGAAUAACUCGAGCGGGGGCACUUUUACGAAAGAUACUUCGGUUGGUGACGUUGCCAACUUGACGUUUUCGCCGAUAUCCUCAAAACCUAAUACCUCUCCGAAUAUAUCGAAGGCAAAUGUCGAUAACAGCCAGUCGUAUCUGAAUCUGAAUGGUGAUAACGCAAAACACGUCAUCGAAGCAAACCUAUGGAGCGGAAUACGAAGCCAACCCCUUUCUUCCAUCAAGGAGGAGUCGUAUAUCCAUCAAAGCAUGCUGGAAACUAAUCACACCCCCAAUAAAUCGUUCUUGAAGAGAAAAUCCGAUCUUAACUUCACUUUCACGCCGCCUAAGAGGCCAAACGUGAAGCGUUCACCUCAAGAGUGGUCGAAAUCAGGAGGCAGCGCAAUACGGAUCGUUAAAAAAACAACCGGGUUGAACUUGAAAAAGUUCCUGAAUAACGGCAGAGCUAGUAUCGCAGAAGAAAGUGAUAACGCAGUCGCGGCGUUGGCAAAGCAAGAUACCCAUCAAAUUAUCGUUCAGAAUCCGUUUCUUUUAGCGGCUACGAAUCUAGCCGAUCCGUUUAUGACCCCUCAUCUUUACGUCAACGAGGAGUGGUUGGACCAGCAGCAGAUCGAUUUUAAGAAAUGGCUGAACGCCUUAUUGACGCCACCAGUGGAGCUUAAUUCGGAAGAACAUCUCGUGGACGUCGCGAAAGUAUGGCAAGAAUGUAAGAAACGCGAGGUGGACGUCGCUCCCACAAAAGAAAUAGUUUCCAGCAAAUAUCUCGUCAAUAACAAGUUGAACGCUUUGAGAAAAUCCGCCCAAAAUCUUUUCAAAAGCCAGGAAAUGAGUUCCGUUCUAUCGAAGGUCGUAUUGGCUGUGGAAACGGGCAAACUAAUGAUACGGGAAGAUAAAGACGUCCACUUGAAUUUGGCUCUGAAGUCCGAAGUUAUGGCUAUGCUUUUAAGCUAUAAUCCGCUCUGGUUGCGAAUCGGACUGGAAACUAUAUACAACGAAAUAAUACCCUUAAAAUCCAAUUCCGACGUUGUCGGACUCAGCACGUUUAUAGCGAAUAGAGUACUGAAAGACCCUUACUUGCUGAAGAAGCAUAAGUUGGUUCACAGUUCCAAAUACGUCACUGAAUUUAAAAAAUUCUUUCUGAAAAAAUUCCUCGUGCUGGUGUACUUCCUCGAUCAGGCCAAAAACAAGAAGCUAAUCGCACACGAUCCGUGCUUGUUUUGUAAGAACUCCUCCAUUAAAGAAAGCAAGGAAAUGCUCAUAAAAUUAUCGAGAGAAAUGCUAGCGGCCGUCGGAGAUAUCACAAAAUAUUUAAAAUACACAGGCUACGUCGUCACCCACGUUCAAACCUACAUAAACGAGUUCGACUACGCGGUAAAUAACCUUGGCGUCGAUUUGAGGGACGGCGUGAGGUUAACGAAAGUCAUGGAAAUUAUCCUAAUGCAAGAAAAUCUAACUGCGAACCUUAGGGUACCGGCAAUCUCGCGGUUACAGAAAAUCCAUAACAUGAAAAUCGUCUUUAGUUCCCUGGAAAAAGCCGGUUAUGAAAUCUUGUACGAUAUAUCGCCCAAGGAUAUCGUCGACGGGCACAAAGAGAAAACCCUGUCGUUUUUGUGGCAGAUAGUGUACAAGUUCCAAGCACCACUUAUGGUAAAAAGCGCUACGACUAUACAGACUUGGUUCAGAAGCCUCCCGGUGGUCCUAAAACGGAGACAUUUGGAAAGAGUACGGCUGCGUCGUGAAGCAGCAGCAACUAAAAUACAAGUGUGGUACAGACGUCAAAAAAUCUCAAGGAUGUUAGAACGAUAUAUAUCGUUAUUAGAGAAAUACUUAUCGUUGGUGAAACGGCAAAAAGCGGCUGUAAAAAUUCAGUCAUGUUACAGAAGGUACCGUUGCUUGAGACUCUACAAGAAACAACGCAACACAGUAGUAAAUAUUCAAAGAUUCGCUAAAGGCUGGCUGAUACGGAACGUUCGUAGAAAUCAAAUUAAAAAAGCGGUUAUGAUACAAAGUCAUAUUCGUAUGUACAUAGCAAGAAAGAGAUUUUUAGAGUUGAAAAAGGCAGUCGACUUUGUACAAGAAAAGUAUCGAGCAAAGAAAAAGAUGGAGGUAACGCGAACUUCCUACAUCCAACAAAAAUCUGCAGCGAUAACUAUUCAAAGAUGGAUUCGAAGUAUUAAAUUAUUAAAACACGAUAAAGAAACGUAUGAAAAACUAAAAACGACCGUGUCCUGUAUUCAGCAAAGAUUUCGAGCUAAUAGACUUUGCAAAACCGAAAGAAAAAAGUAUCUAGAAAUAAGAUUGGCUACGUUACACAUCCAAACGUGGUACAGGUCCAUCAUCUCAAUGAGAGUUUGCCGAAAACAAUUCUUAGCAACGAAGAAGUCUGUUUUAGUCAUAGAACAGCGAUAUUUGGCGCUUAAAGCCAUGCGAAUCGAAAAACGCAGAUACAAGGACAUUAAAAAAGCUUGUGUAUGUAUUCAACAACAAUAUAAAGCUCGUAGAGAAAUGAAAAUUCAAAGACGAGCUUAUUUGGAAUUAAAAACUGCCACCGUUACCAUUCAGAAUAUUUACAGAGCUAACAAGGCGUCGAAGAAAGAAAGACGGUACUUUGAAACGUUAAAAUCUGCUACAAUACUCGUUCAAAGGAAGUUUAGAGCUAAUAGAGCCAUGCGAACCGAGUAUAGAAGUUAUACAAGACUGAGAGAAGCAACCGUUAAAAUUCAAACUUGGUUCAGAGCUACAAUGGAAAUGAGAAAAUGUCUCACUUACUUCGUAUCUCUAAAAUACGCAGUGCAUAUCUUUGAGGAUAGGUAUCAGGCGAAAAAACUAAUGGAAGAACAACGUAGAUAUUACAAGGAGCUGAAAUCGGCUACAGUUACAACCCAGAGAAGAUACAGGGCCUUAAUUUCGAUGCGUGAGGCCAGAACCGAGUAUACAGGAUUAAAAACUUAUACUCUUUUCAUACAAAGGAAGUUUAGAGCAAAUAAAAUGGCUCGAUCGGACAGAACAGCAUUUAUAAAACUAAAGGAAGCUGCUAUUGUAGUACAAAGUCGAUACCGGGCUCAACUGACAAUGAGAGAAUGCAGAAAAGAAUACUUAGCACUUCAGUUAGCGGCGGUGGUGCUCCAAAGACGGUAUCGAGCAAAUUGUUUGAUGAAAACAGCCAGAAUUUAUCACCAAAACCUUGUAAAGUACACAUUAAUCGUUCAACGGCGCUUCAGAGCCAACAAAGCAAUGUCGAGACAAAGAGAUAAUUACGUUCGGUUAAGAAACUCGGUAGUUUCCCUCCAACAAAAAUGGAGAGCAAAAAAAAUUGGUGAGAACCAAAGGCAAAAGUUCGAAGCACUAAGAAAGGCUGCUUUGGUCGUUCAAAGAAGGUGGAGGGCAAAUAAGCUGUACCACCAAGAAAAAACGAACUACGAAGUUUUAAAGAAAACUGCAGUAAAUGUCCAACGUAUCUGGAGAGCUAAGAAAUUAGGAGAAAAGGAAAAAUCCGAUUAUAUUCGACUAAAAAAUGCCGCUACUGUCCUACAACGAGCCUGGCGAGCCAAAUCCCUUAAAGAAAAACACCAUCGGGAGUACACAGAAUUAAAAACAACUGCCAUAUUUCUGCAAAGGAGGUGGAGAUCGAUUAAAUUAACUCGGAGACACAGAACGGAGUUUACAACAUUGAGGAGAACUGUUGUAAGUGUUCAGCAAAGGUGGAGAGCUAACAAACUAGCACGUAAAGAAAGACGAAGUUACUUACAACUGAGAAACGCUGCAAUUACCGUUCAGGUGAAACGUAGGGCUAAAAAACUUAUGGAACGCUACAGAAACGAAUUUGUGCUGCUGAAAAAUGCCACUGUGUGUAUUCAAAGACGAUGGAGAGCGAAUAAGUUGGCAAGGCAGGAGAAAACGACGUACGAAGCGUUAAAAACAGCUGUCGUUAAUAUUCAGGUUCGAUGGAGAAGUAAGCAACUGGCUAAAAAAGAAAGGCUGUUUUAUUUACAACGUAAGAGUGCCGCGAAUGUCUUACAAAGCAGAUGGAGAGCCAAAGUAAUAGGAAAUCGCGAUAAGCAACGGUACGAAGCCUUGAAAAAGACUACGAUAUUCGUACAAAGAAAAUGGAGAGCCAAUAAAUUAGCCAGAAAAGAAAGAAUAAUGUACGAGAAGUUAAAACACCAAGUUAUUACUAUUCAGAGACUUUGGAGGGCUAUCACGUUGACUAAGAUAGAAAAAGAAAACUACCACCGGUUGAAAACCGCCACAGUUCUUAUACAGCAUUGGUGGAGGGCACAUAAAAUCGGAACACAUCAGAAAAUACAAUACGGAUUGUUAAGGAAGACAACAGUAUCGGUACAGCGAAGAUGGCGGGCAAAUAUCUUGACAAGAACAGAAAGAACCCGUUACGCUGCGAUGAGAGAUGCCGCAAUCGUUAUUCAAAGUCACUGGAGGAUGAGGCAAGCUAGAAACGGCUAUUUACGGCUAAGAGAGAACACGAUAAAAAUUCAACGAAUGUGGAGAACAAAGAAGCUGUGCAAACAACACAAAAGCUACUACGAAUCGCUAAGGAAGACGACUCUAUUUAUACAGAGACGUUGGAGAGCCAAUAGACUGGCUAGGGCAGAGAAAGCAAAAUACGAAACAUUGAAAAGAUCCGCCAUCGUUCUUCAGAGGCGUUGGAGGGCUAAGAAGCAAGUUGAAAGGGACAGAGGCAAUUACAUACGUUUAAGAACAUAUGCCGUAGUUUUACAGCGAAGAUGGAGGGCAAGAAAAAUGUGUAAGCAACUUAGGAACGAAUACGAGACACUAAAGGCUACAGUCAUAAUGGUACAAAGAACGUGGAGGCUCAAGAAAGUAUACGAAUACGACCGAAACAGUUACUUGGAGUUAAAGAAAGCUGCUGUGGCCGUUCAGCAAAAAUGGAGGGCACAGCUGCUUAAGAGAUCUGCGUACGAAAGAUACACUUUACUAAAGUAUCACGUCCUUAGGGUCCAAGUGAGGUAUAGAGCUAAAAAGUUGAUGAAACAACAACGGGAAUGGUACCUAAAAGCGCAAACUUCUGCCGGAAUCAUACAAAGGUUCUACAGGGGUUACAGGUGUAUGAAACAACUUCAAGCUGAAAUGAACGAUAAAAGGAGAGUCGUCGUAGGACUUCAACGUUUGAUCAGAGGUUGUUUAGUAAGGAGGAAAUACGCCUACUUUUUCACGCCGGAAGAGAGAGAGAAGAGGAGGAGUAUAAGGAUGGAAAGGGCCGCCGCUAUCAAAAUUCAGGCUAUGUGGAGAGGCCACAGGUCUAGGGCUAUAGACACUCCGAAACUGAUCAACAUAAGGCAGAGGGCACACAAAGCAAACCUCAAGGCUGUCCCAGAGGAUACCUUGGGUAACAGGUGUAGAGAGGCUCUACAAGCGUUGGUGAACGAAAAGUCAACUGUGUUUGGUGUGAAUAAAGCUUUACAGGAUUUAGAUUACAUCACGAGGCACUCCCAGGACGUCUGCCAAGAGGUGGCGCAGUUCCUGCCCGAACAGAUGUACCUCAUGAUCAAAACCACGAACCGUUCCUUGCCGGAAAUGCGGGCCUGCAUCCUCUCCGUCAAUAUCCUGAUAAACGUGUGCAAAUACCCGCCCACGAGGCCCUACAGCUUCUUCCCGGAAUAUAUCGAUAACUUUGUCACCAUUAUGAUGCACUGGUGCGAUAAGGAGGCGCUGCUGUUCCCCUCCAUGUGCACGCUGCUGUGGCUGUUCGCCCACAAUCCGGAAUGGCGGAAGGUUAUCGGAUCCCUGCCCAACAUCGAGCAGAGACUGAGUAAGAUACAGUCGCAGGUGUCCAGGAAGCAGAGCAUGGUGAGGAGGGCGGGGGCCAAGGGACAGUCGUUGUUCGCGCCCUACGAGACUCUGCCGCUGCCCUCCCUCGAACCGGAUUGGGGGCUGGCGUACAAGUACAAUCCGUACAUAUUCACCAAUUCCGUACAUGCUUUUUCUUCGUUGUUGUGUAUUUUAAAUUUGUGAUUUUUUUUUAUUGUAGUUUAUUUUUACUAGAUUUUAUAUUGUUUGUUUGUGUGUAUAUUUUAAAGUGAAUUAAACGAGGUGAAGUUUU